CUAUGAGAAGUGCGCUUCGGUUUCGAGCACUUCAAACGAUGUCAAACUGUUGAGCAGUUUAAAACGGUAGUGCGCAAAAAGUUUCAAAACACCAAAAACCAACUUAGAACGUUGCAAGAGCGACGGGAAAAAGAUCAUUCAAAUAAAGUGUCGAUUUACGAGUACAUGAAUUAACAAAAAACAACAACAACAACAGCAAAUACGGAGCACUUGUGUUGUAAACGACGAGAAGUGAAUGUAAACAAGCGAAGAAAAAGGAACAAGCAAACAAAGAUUGCGCAAAUUUCGUAACGGUAAAGUGAUAAACAGAUGCACCUUCACUUGCCUCGCCAUUGUUGUCGGUGCCUUACAUCUAAGUGUGCAAUAAACAGUGCACAUACACACAUACUUUUGAUAGAAGCUGCAACAUCAUCGAUUGGCUUCGUGGCACCACCUGCCUCCUGAUUGGUGACCCUUUAUUGAAGUGGAGUUCGACUACUCAACAGCGCCCACACACAUAUACACCCACAGUUCGAUUUUUUUCGCCCACCUGCAUACACACACACACACACACACUAAAGCGCCGAGGUGCCUGCAAUCAAAGUUCCAUGAAAAUGUUCGAUUUUCUUACCAUCCUCAUAUAUCUUCAAUUGUCUGUGAAUUUGUUGCCACAUUCAAGCGCUCAACCCCAGCAGAGCUCAACGCUUUAUACGGAGUUUUCUGCAGAUUACAAAAAUCAGCACAACAACGAUGAGUUGAAAUACGCUUAUCACUACUACAUCGAUCAUCCGGAGUCUAUGGUGCAUUUACACCAUCGCGAAGAGCGCCACGGUACGAGGGUAACUGGCGAGUAUGGGUUGCUGGAGCCCAACGGCAAUGUGCGUAGUGUCUAUUAUGAGGUAGACGGAAAUGGCGGCUUUCGUGCCACUGUACGUACACGUACAGCAGCGAGCAACACACGUCAACUGAUUCGAUUAAAACAACAACAACCAAAGGAACCCAUACAACAUGCCCAACCAGUGGCUUUUAUCAAUUGAUAAGUACGCGACUUUCGAAUUUGCACAAGAGAAAUUAAAUAUAUACCAUAUAUAC